ACACAAGCAUUAAAGAUGUUUACACGGUUGUCAACGUUCUCUCCUCUAGCCGGAAUAAUUGAAUGUCCCAUCAAGCUGUUUUUCACCAUCGACACCUCAGAGACCAUCGCCUUACAGGAGUCCCCACCUGGGAUCAUGGUGGAAAACAUUAAGGAGUUCACCAAGAUCUUUGUCCAGAAGCUGGCUGAUGAGGAUUACAAGGGGCAGGUCCAUAUCAGCUGGUCUAUAGGAGGCCUGAACUUCUCCCAGACAAAUGAUGUCUUCAGUCAGUUCACAACCAAGGAGAACUUCAUCAGGAACCUCAGUCUGAUUAUAUAUAAAGGCAAAGGCACCUUCACCGACUGUGCACUCAAAGCCAUGACCAACCAAUUGACCCACCACUACUCAGGGACGAAGCCCGUCCUCUUCUCUGUGGUCCUCACCGACGGGCAUGUGACAGGAAGUCCGUGUGGAGGGAUAAAGGCGAUGGCGGAGAAGGCCCGAGAGCAAGGGAUCCAUAUUUUCUCAGUGGCAGCGUCCAGGUUAAUCGAUGAAGUAGGGAUGAGUGAGAUAGCCAGCUCUCCCCAUGAACUGUACAGAGACAACUACACGGCUGUGGAGAUUGUUGACGGAAGACCAAAACUAAAUACUAAUCACAUCGAUCGAAUCAUAAAAGCCAUGAAAUAUCAAGCAUAUUUACAGUGUUAUAAACAUCCAUGCUUUGAGAGUGAUGGGCCCCCUGGACCAAGAGGGCAUCGAGGUCCAAAAGGUCUAAAAGGAGACAGAGGUGGUUUUGGGCCAAAAGGUGCUAAAGGUAGACCGGGUGAUCCUGGCAUUGAAGGUCCAAUCGGACGACCCGGUUCAAAGGGAGAGACUGGUUUGAAAGGUGACAAGGGUGAGGUCGGAACAUCUGGAGCAAAGGGUGUGGAAGGAGCAUCUGGCAGGAAUGGAACUGACGGUCAAAAGGGUAAAAUUGGCAGAAUUGGAACUCCUGGUUGCAAAGGUGAUCCAGGCGACAAGGGACCAGAUGGCCACCCUGGAGAUGUUGGUGAGACCGGGCAACCAGGUGACAACGGAGAAAAGGGUGACUCAGGCCUGCCUGGAAAGUCAGGUCCUACUGGCCCACCUGGUAAUGACGGACCAAAGGGUGAACCAGGAAAUCCUGGAAAUCCAGGGCUACCAGGAGAAAAAGGACCUUCGGGGGUUCCUGGAGGACCUGGACCAAAAGGCGAACCGGGAAGGAGAGGAGACCCUGGAAUAAAGGGAGAAUCAGGUCCUGAUGGGACAAAAGGAGAGAAGGGAGAACGGGGGCCACUGGGAAUCAGAGGUCGGCCCGGGGAAGACGGACUCAAGGGCGCAAAGGGUGAUCAAGGACUACCGGGCCCAAGGGGUCAGCCAGGAGAACCAGGGGGCCCCGGAGCAAAUGGCACUACGGGAAAUCCUGGAGAUCCUGGACCUAGGGGAGACUCUGGGCUCCCUGGACCAAAGGGUGACAAAGGAAGACAAGGAUUCAACUAUGCUGGAUCGAGAGGACCCACUGGAGACAGAGGUGAUCCAGGUAAAAGAGGACCCAGGGGGGGCAGAGGAGAAUGUGGCGCCAAAGGAGAUCCUGGAAACAAAGGACCCAUAGGAAAGCCUGGGGACCCAGGCCAGCCGGGUGAGCCAGGAGGGAGAGGAGGCAGAGGGAAACCUGGACCUGAUGGGGACCCAGGACCAGAGGGCGAUCCUGGCCUUACUGACUGUGAUGUAAUGACUUACGUAAGGGAGACGUGUGGUUGUUGUGACUGUGAGAAGCGCUGUGGACCUCUGGACAUCGUAUUUGUAAUUGAUAGCUCAGAAAGUGUUGGGCAGACAAACUUUACCCUGGAGAAGAACUUUGUUAUUAGCACCAUGAACAGACUGGGAUCUAUGGCCAACGACCCUACGUCAGCAAGCGGAACAAGAGUCGGAGUUGUACAGUUCAGUCACACGUUUGAGGCCAUUCGUCUCGAUGACCCAACCAUAAACUCCAUGUCUGCCUUCAAAGACGCAGUGAAGAGACUGCAGUGGAUUGCUGGGGGCACCUUCACUCCCUCGGCCCUCAAGUACACCUAUGAUAACCUAAUCAGGGACAGCAAGAGAUCCCGGGCCAAAAUAUCUGUGGUGGUAAUCACAGAUGGCCGCUUCGACCCACACGACGACGAGAAUCUGCUUGAUUACCUUUGCAAUGACAACAAUGUGGUGGUGAAUGCCAUUGGGGUUGGUGACAUGUUUAAAGAGAGACAGGAUGAUAAUAUCCUGGGGUCGAUAGCGUGCCGCAAGAAGGAUCGUAUCUUUGAGAUGAAUAGGUACACUGACUUGGUGGCUGACAACUUCAUAGAAAAGAUGGAGACUGUGCUCUGUCCCGACCCGGAGAUUGUGUGCCCUGAUCUCCCCUGUAAGAGUGAACCUCACGUAGCUCCAUGCGUCCAGCGGCCGGUGGAUCUGGUAUUUCUAAUAGAUGGCUCAGAGCGCCUCGGGCCUAACAAUUUCCGGCAAGUGCGUGAAUUUGUAGAGAAAGUGGCAUUCAGACUGGUAAUGGCCCGGAGCAAGACUGAUCGUAUGCGAACCCGCUUGGCACUGGUACAGUUCGGCAAAGAGAACGAGAACGCUGUGGCCUUCCCUCUCACACACGACUCUGCUGUCAUCGCUGAAGGAAUAGCCGGCUUGACUUAUCUGGAUACUUCUUCGAGCGUCGGGCCUGGCAUCAUCUACACCAUCGACAACGUACUGGGUAAAGGAAAUGCUCGGCAGACGAGACGCUACGCAGAGGUUUCAUUCGUUAUCAUCACAGACGGUGUCACUGACAGCAGGAACCUGGAGGAGGCGGUUAGCGCCAUGCGCGGGGCACAGGUCGUCUCCACAGUGAUAGCCACGGGAAGUGACGUUGACCAAGAAGUCUUAACGAAGCUGGCCAUGGGUGACCAGGACGCCAUCUUGAAAGUUAAAGAAGUCUCUGAUCUGUCCCAGUCUAGUUUGUUUGACCGUUUCAUCCAGUGGGUAUGUUAAGAGAGAGACCACGUGGAUGUGAAUGUCAUACUGGUGCUACUGCUGUUGUUCUAGCAUUUAAACAUGUGAUACUGGUUUAAUAUUAUUCUUCUAUGCACUGUACAUUUUGCAAUUGAAAUCACAGCACUGUGCUUUAUUACGUUCGUAACUGUAUUCAUAAAAACUGUAUUCAUCUUCCAUAUUGUUACACAAAAACAUAGUAGCAAGUCGCUCAUUCUUCAUCCACCAUUAAGCUUUACAUAUUUUAGAUAAUAAACCUGCAGUCUGUUGGA